GCCAUUUUCCUCGGAACUUUAUGGACCGAAUUGCAAGUGACAUUUUCCAUACGGACAAUAAUAACAGUAGGACAAAGAUGGCGACUUCCCUGCUUAGGUUAGGUCGACUUGGGUCUCUCAAGUGUCUCAUGCGUGAAAGCUGGGGCACACACCCUACCCCACUUGUUGCAGCACUAUGCACUAAAGCGGACGCCCCACCCAAACCAGCAAAGAAGGCAAAGGGUGCGAGUAAGACCAAAGAAAGGGCCUCUGUUUUGGCCUAUAAGCCCACAGUUGCCUUCCCUUCUAAGGGGUCUGCCGCAGGAUUUCCCAAAGACACAUCUUUAACUGAGUCUAGUGCAAAAACUGUGACGGCAGAUUCUGUGUUGGCUGCGGCUGCCACUACAAUACAGCCUCCAUCUGUCACUGAAUCUGCAACAUCAGAAAAGUUGACCAAAACAACAGAAUCUGCUGAGACUAUUUCUUCUACUGAUGUUGAUGAGAUAACAACUGACAGCCCUGUUGCUGAUACAGCAGCUGAAGUCAUCAAAAAAGAAGCUGAGAUCACCGAAGUCCAACAUGCCGAUAAGGUCGAUAAAGCGAGUGAAGGAAGCAGGGCCUCUGAAGCUGAGACAGAAGUAAAGCAAGAUCAGGAGGACAGUUCUUCAUCAUCCUCCAGUGAUUCUGACUCUGAUUCUGAUGAUGAAAAAUCUGAGAAGGAACCAAAGAGUGAACCAGUGGACAAAUCUGGAGAGAAAGCAGCAGAUGAAAAGAAAGAUUCAGUUUACAAACAAAAACAAGUAGAUAUUGCAGAGAAAGAGGUGCACGGUGAUUCAAUUAUUGGACCCAGUGCCUCAGUUAGAGAAUCACCAAAAGAUGCUGAAGCUGUAAAGCAAGCAAAGCCCAAAGAAUUGCUUACCCAAAGCACUGAAGCAGGCAGCCAGAGGGAGACCCUUAUAGACCCUGCCCCUAUAUUGUCCUCCUCCACAACUACAGCAAUUCCUGAAGUUACCAGUGAAUCCAUUAAAGUUGUCUCAACAGAUGAGAUGGUGGACGUUGCUACAGAAGUUAAAACGACUUCUAAUGAAGAAAUAAUUGAAAUUGAACCAGAAACCAAAGCAAAGGCUGCACUAGAACAGGCACAAGAGACUGCUAAUGUAAAGGCCAUCCCCAAAGUUGAAUCUAGUCCUGCCAAAGCUAUAGAUGCUAUCUCUGAGGCUCUUCAAGAAGUUGUGGCUAAACCUGAAUGUGAGGCUUCAUCAGAGAUGGUGGCCAAAGUCGAUAGUGCGACAGGGAUUGAGACGACCCCUUCAGAAGAUCUGAAAGAUGCUGCACCUGUGGCCGCUGAUGCCGUAGAGUCCCAGGCUGAGACACAUCAGGAACAACAACCAGUGAAAGCGCCAGAACCAGAGCCUGAACCCUUUGAUAACACCACAUACAAGAACCUACAGCACCACCACUACAACAUGUACACCUUUGCUGAUAUGGAUGUAGAGAUGUCUAAACAUCGUCUGCCUCAGCCCUCCUCUGGCAGACCCUCACCCAGUCACUGAGCCUUCAGUUUCUCGCUAUCUUGUUUUUUCCAUAUGUUCCCUUGUUCUUUAGAUGACAUGUUGACAAUUCCUAAGAUUUGGGCCAGAAUCUUGAUAUUAAAAUAUAUGAUUUAACUUUA